UGGUUAUUAUGAGCGUCCAUUUUAACCUUGCUAACGAGAUUCGGAGAACGACGGUCUGAUCGGAGAAUGGACAGGUAUUGGUUCUUUCGUUUUUUUUUGGGUAGAAGACCGAAACAGAUACGCAGAAUUUAUCUUAUCGUUGACAAUUCGAUUCUAUUUCCUUGAAAAUCAAAGUAUUCGAUUCUACAACAGUGUCUACUUGGUCACGUCCUGCGUAGUUAGAAUUUCGCCAUUUCUACGCUAAAACCACGAACUCUGCAAUAAACCCUAGUAGCCCAAGUCUGAAUUUGGAACUCUGCUCCCUUUCUAUUACAUCAAUCGGAAUCCUCUGUUGUCCUAAUGAUGAGUUUGGAGGAUCACAUAGAACGAAUUCUAUGGACUGAGCAACAGAUAUCUGAAAGAGUUUCAGAGCUCGCUUCUCAGAUUUCCGACUAUUUCAAGGGUUCCUCUUCUUCUAUUGUUGUCGUCGGCGUUGCCACGGGAGCUUUUCUGUUCUUGGCUGAUAUAGUGAGGAAGAUUAAAUUGCCUGUUUCCGUUGAUUUAUUACGAGUAGAAUCGUAUGGGUCUGGAACGGAAUCAAAUGGCGCUCCAAGGAUCUCCAGCGAUGUUAAGAUUGAUAUUAAGGGAAAGCAUGUACUUCUGGUGGAGGACAUUGUAGACACAGGAAACACUUUAACCUGUGUCGUUUCACACCUGGCAUCAAAAGGAGCAUCCUCUGUAUCAGUAUGCUCUUUCCUUGACAAGCCAGCAAGACGCAAGGUCCAUAUUGAGCUUGUGGGUGAAGGAAAGUUCUAUCGGGGUUUUGAGGACAAACAGACAGUGGAAUGGGUCAACCGAACUGUCCCUUUUUUCAGUGCAGUGACUGCAGUCCACACUCAGAAGUGCCUUUCUCAAAACUGGAAUCUAACUGGGCAGUCGGCUUAUUUUAUUUUUUAAUUUAUAAUUAUUUUUUCUUCUUUUCCUGGAACCUCCGUUUGUUUGGUCAAAACCGGAUUGACAGGCUAUUCAUCAGUUUGCUCCCAGUCUUGUCUUAAAAAAAUGAUACUAUCAGAGACAAUGUCUCUACAAUCUACUGGAUGAGACAUGAGCCUUGGAAGCCAAAGGGCCUGGCUUUUUGAGUCUUGGGUAAAUACUUUGGUGGGGCAAAUCCUAGCUGUGUAUAAGUUUCAUAAAUAAUUUUAUGCUUUUCAGUUAUAUGUAUUCUCAUUAUUUUUUUCUCCCAGUUCAGUUCAGUUGGAAUUGUGAUUUUUCAUGAGUAUUAAUUAUGCCUCAGAGAAGUUUAAGCCUGGAUCCAAAAGCU